AUGCGCAACCGGUCGGGGCGGACGAAGGCCGCGGCCAGGGACGAGCGGGCGCGAGUCGAGGACCUGCGCCUUGCGCGCGCGCACUCCGCGCCCGCUAAUGAUCCUCCUCUGGUGUACUGCGACUACCAUGGGCACUCGCGGAAGAAGAAUGUGUUCUUCUACGGGUGCGCCGCAGCAGAGAGCUGGUGCAGCAACGACAGGCUGGUCCAGGACGAGCCAGUGAAAUACCUGCGCGAACGGGAGAGCACCGCGCGCGUCACCGUGUGGCGACACCUGGGCGUCACGCGCUCCUACACCAUGGAGGCCUCCUUCUGCGGCUUCGACCGAGGACCGUUCAAGAGCAUCGCCCGCGUCACCGUGUUGUGGCACCUCGGCGUCACGCGCUCCUACACCAUGGAGGCCUCCUUCUGCGUCUUCGACCGGGAACCAUUCAAGGUAUGCAAGGGCAUGUUAUCAACACAGAUGUUGCCAAUGUUGCUGUAUGAUAAUAUCUUGCUUACGUUAGCGCUGACCUUUUGCUCGUUCCACAAGGAGCAUCGCCCGCGUCACCGUGUUGCAACACCUCGGUGUCACGCGAUCCUACACCAUCGAAGCCUCCUUCUGCGGUUCAAGGGCUUCCAUCUAAAUACGCAGCAUCUGCAAAGCGUGGGCAGUGACUUCUGUGAGGCUUUGAACGGCCUCAACGACACAGCAACCAAUGUAGACAUUCAGCUUACGAAAGACCUUAACGGUGUUAUAGCGGUGGACAGCGAAGCAGGCUCCGGGUCAGACAGCGUCCUGAAAACCGACUCUGAUGAAGACUUUGACUAA